AUGGACCUAUCAGAGCUUGGAGAGGCUGCAGCUUUCCUCAGAAGAAGCGAGGCUGAGCUGCGUCUGCUACAGGCCACGGCCUCUGAUGGGAAGAAGAAAUGCUGGAUUUGUGAUGACAAGAAUGCUUAUGUUGAGGCUGAGGUUAAAGGGAGGGGAGAGGACGGCAAAAUCAUUGUUGAGACAACAGAUGGAAAGAGUCUGAGUGUCAAGGAGGAUGAAGUCCAGCAGAUGAAUCCUCCAAAGUUUGAAAUGAUUGAAGACAUGGCAAUGCUGACUCACCUCAACGAAGCCUCUGUGCUGCAUAUCCUGAAGAGGCGCUAUGACCAUUGGAUGAUCUAUACAUAUUCAGGUCUCUUCUGUGUGAGCAUAAACCCUUACAAGUGGCUUCCAGUGUAUCAGCAAGAAGUCGUGGCUGCCUACAAAGGGAAGAGGCGAUCACAGGCGCCCCCUCACAUCUUCGCUGUUGCCGAUAACGCCUUUCAGGCUAUGCUUCACAAUCGAGAGAAUCAAUCUGUACUCUUCACAGGAGAAUCUGGUGCUGGAAAGACUGUGAACACCAAGCAUAUUAUCCAGUAUUUUGCCACCGUAGCAACCAUGGGUGAAUCCAGGGAAAAGCCGGGGACUUUAGAAGAUCUAAUCAUGCAAGCGAAUCCUAUCUUGGAAGCAUUUGGAAACGCCAAAACCCUGAGAAAUGAUAAUUCUUCUCGUUUUGGCAAAUUCAUCAGGAUGCACUUUGGUGUCAGAGGCAAGCUGUCAUCUGCAGACAUUGACGUCUAUUUGCUUGAAAAGUCCCGGGUGAUUUUUCAGCAGCCUGGAGAGAGAAACUACCACAUAUUCUAUCAAAUUCUGUCUGGAAAUAAAGAACUGCGUGACAUGCUCCUGGUGUCUGAGAAUCCCUCUGACUUUCCCUUCUGCUCUCAUGGAGUAGUUGCUGUGGAGAGCUUGGACGAUGCCAAAGAAUUGCGGGCCACAGAUCAAGCCAUGGACGUCUUGGGCUUUCUUCCUGAUGAGAAGUAUGGAUCCUAUAAACUCACCGGAGCUAUCAUGCACUUAGGAAACAUGAGAUUUAAACAGAAACCCAGAGAAGAGCAAGUGGAAGCAGAUGGCACGGAAAGUGCUGACAAAGCUGCUUUCCUCCUGGGAAUUAACUCCUUUGAGUUGGUGAAGGGCUUGAUCCAGCCUAGAAUCAAAGUUGGUAAUGAAUACGUUACUAGAGGUCAAAAUGUAAAACAGGUGACCUAUGCUGUUGGUGCCCUGUCCAAGUCAAUAUAUGAGAGGAUGUUUAAGUGGCUGGCGGCACGUAUCAACAGAGCCCUGGACGCCAAGCUGUCAAGGCAGUUCUUCAUUGGCAUUCUUGACAUCACUGGUUUUGAAAUCCUUGAUUGUAACAGCCUUGAGCAACUUUGCGUUAAUUUUACCAAUGAAAAAUUACAACAGUUCUUCAAUCAGCACAUGUUUGUUCUGGAACAAGAGGAAUAUAGGAAAGAAGGCAUCGACUGGGUGCCUAUUGACUUUGGUCUGGGUUUGCAAGCCUGCAUAGACCUCGUCGAGAAGCCAAUGGGCAUCUUUUCCAUCCUUGAAGAGGAAUGUAUGUUUCCUCAGGCUACAGACGUGACCUUCAAGACCAAACUUUUUGACAACCAUUUUGGAAAGUCGGUUCAUUUCCAGAAGCCCAAGCCUGAUAAUAAGAAGAAAUAUGAAGCUCACUUUGAACUUGUCCAUUAUGCAGGAGUGGUGCCUUAUAACAUCAGUGGCUGGCUCCAAAAGAACAAAGACCUUCUUAAUGAAACAGUGGUGGCUGUAUUUCAGAAGUCAUCCAACAGACUCCUGGCAAACCUUUUUGAAAAUUACAUCAGUGCCGACAGUGCUCUACAGUUUGGCGAGAAGAAGCGCAAGAAAGGAGCUUCAUUCCAAAUGGUUGCAUCUCUGCAUAAAGAAAACCUAAAUAAAUUGAUGACUAAUCUGAAAUCAACAGCACCUCAUUUUGUGAGAUGCAUAAAUCCCAACGUGAACAAAAUGCCAGGUGUGAUGGAUCCUUACCUGGUUCUACAGCAGCUGCGCUGUAAUGGGGUCUUGGAGGGGAUUAGGAUAUGCCAUGAAGGUUUUCCAAACCGACUGCUCUAUGCGGAUUUUAAACAAAGGUAUUGCAUUCUGAACCCAAAGACUUUUCCAAAGAGCAAGUUUGUGAGCAGCAGAAAAGCAGCUGAAGAAUUAAUUGGCUCCUUGGAGAUAGACCAUAGCCAGUACCGCUUUGGAAUCACUAAGGUGUUUUUAAAAACUGGCUUUCUGGGCCAACUGGAAGCAAUGAAAGAUGAAAGACUAUCUAAAGUCUUCACGUUGUUCCAAGCCAGAAUACGGGGCAAACUGAUGAGAAUCAAAUUCCAGAGAAUUCUGGAAGAGAGGGACGCACUUCUUUUGAUCCAGUGGAACAUAAGAGCUUUCAUGGCUGUGAAGAACUGGCCCUGGAUGAGGCUCUUCUUCAAGAUCAAGCCUCUUGUCAAAUCUGCCGGAACAGGAACGGAGAUGGCUGGACUGAAGGAAGAGUGUGUGCAACUGCAGAAAGCCUUGGAGAAAUCAGAAUCUCAGAGAGGCGAGCUGACAGCACAGCAAGUGUCCCUCAGCCGGGAAAAGAAUGAGCUGCUUCUUCAGCUGCAGGCUGAGCAAGAGACCCUGGCGAAUGUUGAAGAGCAGUGCGAGUCGCUGAUUAAAUCCAAGAUCCAGCUGGAGGCCAGAGUCAAGGCGCUGUCUGCGCGGGUGGAGGAAGAGGAGGAGAUAAAUUCUGAGCUGACUGCCAGGGGGCGGCAACUCGAAGAUGAAUGUUCUGAGUUGAAGAAAGAAAUCGAUGACCUGGAAACAAUAUUGGCGAAGUCAGAGAAGGCGAAGCGUGCUGCAGAGCACAAGGUCAAGAACUUGGCUGAGGAAGUGGAGUCUCUAAAUGAGGAUAUCAACAAACUUCACAGAGCAGCCACGGUCAUGCAGGAGGCCCAUCAGCAGACCCUGGAUGACCUGCACACAGAGGAGGAGAGGCUCAGCCACCUGAGCAAGGCCAAGUUGAAGCUGGAACAGCAAGUGAGUGAGCUUGAGGGUGCCUUUGAGCAGGAGAGAAAAGCGAGAAUGAACUGUGAAAGGGAAAAGCGCAAACUGGAGGGCGAUUUCAAGCUGAACCAGGAGAGUGCAGAGUACCUGGAGAGCAGCCAGCUGCAGCUAGCGGAAAAGCUGAGGAAAAAAGAAUUAGAAUUGAGUCGGAUGAAAUCAAACAUGGAAAAGGAGAAAGGCCUGGUGGCUCAGCUUCAGAAGAUGGCUAAAGAGCUUCAGACUCACAUACAAGAUUUGAAAGAGGACCUAGAAGCUGAAAGGACCACUCGAGCCAAGGUGGAGAGGGAGAGAGCCGACCUCACCCAAGAACUGGAAGAGUUGCAUGAGAGGCUGGAGGAGGCAGGAGGGGCCAGUUUGGCUCAGCUUGAGAUAACUAAGAAGCAGGAAAUAAAAUUCCAGAAGCUUCGCCAAGACAUGGAAGAGGCCACAUUGCACUUUGAGACAACUUCUGCCUCUUUGAAGAAGAGACACGCGGACAGCCUGGCUGGGCUCGAGAACCAGGUAGAGAGUCUACAACAAGUCAGGCAGAAAUUGGAAAAAGACAAGAGUGACUUGCAGCUAGAAGUGGACGAUCUCCUGAGCCGUGUUGAGCAGAUGACCAGAGCUAAGAAUAAUGCUGAGAAGCUCUGUAGUCUGUACGAAGAGCGCUUGAAUGAAGCAAAUGUAAAACUAGAUGAAGUGACUCAGUUGGCAAAUGACCUGACAGCACAGAAGACAAAGCUCCGGAGUGAGAAUGGUGAGUUCCUAAGGAGGCUGGAAGAAAAGGAGGCUCUGAUAAACCAACUUUCCAGAGAAAAGAGCACCUUCACUCUGCAGAUUGAAGAAGUGAAAAGACAACUGGCAGAGGAGACCAAAUCACAGAGUGCCCUGGCCCAGGCACUGAAGUCAGCCAAGCGUGACUGUGACCUUCUACGAGAGCAGUAUGAGGAAGAACAGGAGGCCAAGGCUGAGCUGCUUCGGGCUUUAUCCAAAGGCAAUGCUGAAAUUGUGCAGUGGAGAAUGAAGUACGAGGAUGAUGCCAUCCAGAGAACUGAAGACUUGGAGGAUGCCAAGAAGAAGCUGGCAAUGAGAUUGCAGGAGGCUGCUGAAGCCACGGGGGCGGCCAAUGCCAGGAAUGCCUCCCUGGAGCGGGCCAGGCACCGACUGCAGCUCGAGCUCGGGGACGCCCUGUCGGACCUCGGGCAGGCGCGCUCCGCGGCGGCCGCGCUGGACCAGAAGCAGCGGCGCUUGGACAAGAGCCUGGAAGACUGGAGGCAGAAGCACGAGGAGUCACGGGCCAUGCUGGACGCCGCUCAGAAGGAGGCCCGGGCCCUCGGCACCGAGCUCCUCCAGCUCAGGCACGCCUACGAGGAGAGCACCGUGAGCCGGGAGACCCUCCAGAGGGAGAACAAGAACCUGCGAGAAGAGAUUUCUAAUCUGACAAAUCAGGUGAGAGAAGGAAACCAGAACUUAAGUGAAAUGGAUAAGGUCAAGAAACGGAUUGAACAAGAGAAGACUGAAGUCCAGGUGGCGCUGGAAGAAGCAGAGGGAGCUCUGGAACGUAAUGAAAGCAAGGUUCUUCGUUUCCAGCUUGAACUCUUGGAAACUAAAGCGGAACUUGAAAGAAAGCUUUCAGAGAAAAAUGAAGAAAUAGAAAGUUUAAGGAGGAACCAGCAGUGUGCUAUUGACUCGCUGCAGUCUAGUCUGGAUUCUGAAACCAGGAGCAGAAUGGAGGCUGCCCGGCUGAAGAGGAGCAUGGAAGGGGACCUCAGCGAGAUGGAACUCCAGCUUAGCUGUGCCCACCAGCAGGUGUCAGAGUCAACUAGAUCCCUGGGCCAGCUUCAGAUUCAAGUCAAGGACCUGCGGGUGCAGCUGGAUGACAGCACACACCUGAAUAGUGAGCUGAAGGAGCAGGUGGCUGCGGCUGAGCGGCACAACUCUCUUCUCCAGUCUGAACUAGAGGAGCUGAGGUCCUUGCAAGAGCAGACAGAUCGUGGGCGCAGGCUGGCGGAGGAAGAGCUGCUGGAAGCCACAGAAAGAGUCAAUCUUCUCCAUACCCAGAACACAAGUCUCCUCAGCCAGAAGAAGAAACUGGAGGUUGAUGUUGCCAGGAUGCAGAGAGAAACUGAAGAGGCGGUGCAGGGGUGUCAAAAUGCAGAAGAGAAGGCUAAGAAGGCAGUCACUGAGGCAGCAAACAUGUCAGAAGAACUGAAGAAGGAGCAAGACACCAACGCCCACCUGGAGAAGAUGAGAAAGAAUAUGGAGCAGACAAUUAAAGACUUACAAAAAAGGCUGGAUGAAGCUGAGCAGACUGCCCUGAUGGGGAGUAGAAAGCAAAUCCAGAAACUGGAAUCCAGGGUUCGUGAACUGGAAGGCCAACUGGAGGGCGAAGUCCGCCGCACCGCGGAGGCCCAGAGGGGAGCCCGCAGGCUUGAGCGAUGCAUCAAAGAGCUGACUUAUCAGGCAGAGGAAGACAAGAAAAAUCUGAGCAGGAUGCAGACUCUGAUGGAUAAUCUUCAGCUCAAAGUGCAAAGUUACAAGCAGCAAAUCGAGACAGUGGAAGCACAAGCCAAUCAAUAUCUUUCUAAGUAUAAGAAGCAACAACAUGAGCUGAACGCAGCUAAGGAAAGGGCAGAGAUAGCAGAAUCUCAAGUCAAUAAACUCAAGAUUAAAGCAAAAGAGUUUGGAAAAAAGGUUCGUGAAGAAUAA